AAAUAUUUUCUGACAACUUAUAGUUUGGUCGCCUGUGUACUUUGUAAAAGAUGAUUGCACCUCUUUGCCUGUUUAUGCUGUUUGCAGCUAGUGAUGCCUAUCAUAUUACACACCACAGAGAUGACCAGGUUGCAAUCCUUGAGCCAUCAACAAAAACUAGCUGGGGUGAUUGGCGUCAGGCUGAGUACUGCAACGCCAGUUCAUACGCCUAUGCCUUCGAAAUGAAUGUAGGGAACCCCAAACAACCUGACGACGACACGGGAGUAAAUGGAAUUGUGUUGCUUUGCAGGCCGAGAUUUCCUAACCAAAAUUAUCAGAUCGCAUCUAUGUACAAAAAUUGGGGCAAGUGGCAAAAGAAAUUGUCAUGCCCUGGACAGUCAAACUUUCUUACUGGAGUCUCGAUCAAAUCACAGUCUAAGCAAUGGCAUAGAGAUGACACAGCAGCCUAAAUCUGCUAUUUGUGGUAUCAAAACCAAAGUGGAGGAUUUUAUAAAAAAGAAGUGGUAUAAUAAAAAUGCUGAUAACACUGCCCUUAAUAAAGCCACCUUCUUCUGCUGCAGCAUUUAGGUCAUGGAAAAGGCUUUAACRUAGGAUUGCAGAGCUGCAGUUCAUUUUAGUUUUUGUAAUAGAAAUAGCAUAACACUGUAUUACUGCAGAAUCCUAGCUUAGGAAACUCAGCUAAUAUCAUGAUCAAUUUCCCAUUUUAGUCAUGUAGAGAAAUGAAUAUGCAUUUACUUUUUGGGAAGAAAUGGGAUGCAUCAGGUUGUUAGGGUAACAGGGUGAGAAUAAAAUAAAACUUCCCUCUCCCWGUCCUACAAAGUCUUAAAUAAAGUAUAGAUGUAUUGAGAUAUAAUGGGCGAGUUAUAUGCUAUACUGCAUGUAAAUGUAAACUGAAAACUCAUUAAAACUACAAAGUUAAUACAUAAGUCAUUUGUCACACAAUUGUCACUUUUUUAUGGUUUUUAACAUUUUGUUACUGUUCAAAGAGGGAAUUGACCAAAAUGUUAUAAUUCUACCAUGCAAUAAUACCCUAAGUAAUAAUUGCCCUAAGUAAUGUAAGUUGGCUAAUACUGUAAGUUGGCUAGCACAGUCUACAGGUUUCAUGUACCUUAAGUUAGUAAACCUCCUGUGAAGCUYCUGUGAAGCUGUGAGCUGUGAAAACAAUAAAGGCUAGAUAAGUUUAGUACUAUA